AUGGCUGACCAUAAGAUCGAAUAUCAUAUUCCCUCGUCAACGCCGUGGGUGAAAGAACUGGCUAGGAAGGAUAUGGUGACUACUGAAUCAAGGGCAGGCGUAGAAUAUGUAGUUCUACCUCCUAAUGUUCCCAGGCGGGUUUCUGUUGAUGAUGCAAAACCAGGUUUACCAAUAAUAGAGAAUUUCGUCGAUGGUGUUACUGUGAGUAGUGGAUCUAGGUUGUUGCUCGAAAAUGUUAACCCAGCUAAUGGUCGGGUUGUUGGGUAUGUUAGAGCCUCGGUAGUGGAUGAUGCAGUGGGUGCGAUAGAGUCGGCUCAUAAGGCCUUUCUAGGAGGAAAUUGGUCUAAAAUGAGCCGAAAUGGAAGAGCUGAAGUUCUCGAGAGGAUUGCUGAUCUCGUCGCUGAAAACAAGGAGAAAUUAGCGGCUUUGGAAACUGAGGACACGGGCAAGCCGUUGAGCGUGGUGAGUAGAGAUGCUGUUGGAGUAGGAAUAUAUGUUCGCUUUCCUCACCUGAGCUCAGGAGUUUCCUAUACACUGCUAUUAGUAAUUUCAGAUGUGCUCAGCUAUACCAAGAGAAGCCCUCUGGGCGUAUGCGUGCUGAUCGCGCCGUGGAAUCUGCCACUGUAUCUGAUGACAUGGAAAAUAGCUCCUUGCAUUGCUUCGGGCAAUACAUGUGUAUGUAAGCCCACGGAACUGGCGUCGUCUACUCUGGCUGAGCUCGUCAAGCUGAUAUCAUCUGAUGCGACGAUAGGACCUAAAAUGAGAGGAGUUAUUAAUGUGGUUAACGGCAGAGGUGAAGAUCUCGGCGCGGUUCUGUGUACGCAUCCUCUGGUGAGAGCAGUGUCUUUUACGGGAGGAACUACAACUGGUCGGAAAAUAGCCGGUUUAACGGGGCCGCACUUGAAAAAAUUAUCACUCGAGCUCGGUGGGAAAAAUGCAACGAUAGUGUGGAGGGAUGCUCCUAUCGAGAGCGAACAGAUGAUGACUGCUGUUGUUCGCAGUGCAUUUGCAAACUCAGGCCAGAUUUGCUUAUGUGGUUCACGUCUGCUGGUGCACGAGGAAAUUUAUGAUCGAUUCACUUCAGCGUUCGUUUCGGAGGCUGCUAAGCUGAGAAUUGGAGAUCCGCUGGAACCUACUACUACUACUGGUCCGCUAAUCUCGCGAGAACACGCCUGGAGAGUUCAUAACUUUGUUCUCUGGUCGUUGCAAGCAAACCCCGGCGCUAGGGUUCUCCUGGGCGGCCCUGAUGCAUAUGAUGGGGAAUCUAUUUUUGAAGAAGUUGAUAUUACUUGUUUUCAGGAAUUUUUCGGCCCGGUUGUUAGUGUGCAUAAGUUUUCCACUGAGGAGGAGUGUAUACGUUUGGCGAAUUGCUCGUGUUAUGGUCUGGCUGGCUCAAUUUGGAUAAAAGAUUUCUCUGUUGCUCAUCGACUAGCCCGAGAUAUUGAUACUGGUAUGCUAUGGAUUAACACGUGGAUGGAGAGGGACCUCAACACGCCUUUUGGAGGAGUUAAGCAAAGUGGCCUCGGUCGUGAAGGCGGAGAUUACUCUAUGAGCUUCUAUUCCAAGGAAAAAGAUGUUACCAUGAGUUUGUCGUAA